GCGUGCGCGUGCGUGUGAUGACGGGAGAGAGGUUGGCUUAUUAUCUCAUGCAGGAGCCCGGAUAGUUGGAUAGGUCCUCCCACCGGUGUCUGCCUAUUUAUACGGUUAGAAACGCAGCCGUGGGUCGUGAUAACAGGACGCGACUGGGACAUAGAGAAAUACAUCACAGUGCGUGCGUUGUGUGAGUCAGCUGAUGGUGGUGGAUGGAGACAGGAUCUAAGCUAACAUGAGACAACAACAACAUUGGCAGACACAAAGACAGCAAGCCGUGCUCUUUCUGGCCCAGGCUGCAGCCAUGCCUCUUCUGGAAGAGACCACUCUGCCACAAGAUCACCCACCCACUGUUCCCGUGGUCAUCAUAGGCAAUGGCCCAUCAGGAAUUUGUCUGUCCUACCUGCUGAGUGGACACAAACCUUACCUAGAUACAGCAACUGUUCACCCAAACCCAAUCAUAUACAGGAAACUGCAGGAGACAAAGCACCUAUCCAUCACUGAACAGGAUCUGGAAUAUUUGAGUGAAGGUCUUGAGGGGAGGUCAAGGAACCCUGUGGCUGUGCUUUUUGACACACUUCUGCACCCCAAUGCUGACUUUGGCUUUGAGUUCCCCCCUGUCCUUCAAUGGAGGAGGGACAAGCAGCAUCACAUCCCUCAUCUGGUGCUGGGGAGGGCAACGCCUGGAGGUGCUUGGCAUGCAAUGGAAGGCUCCAUGCUGACUAUUAGUCUUGGCAUUUGGAUGGAGCUUCCAGGGGUUAACUACAGGGACUUGACCAAUGGGAAACGCAGGGAUGCCACUAGUGACAGAGCCACCCCAGAAGAGAUCUCAUCCUAUUACCGUAACUAUGUGAAGCUUAAGGGCCUCCAAAAGAAUUUUAUUGACAACACCUACGUGACCUCUGUCCAGAAACUCUGCCGGGGGCACGAAGGAGAAGGUCUGGAAAAUGGGCACACUGAUCAAGGAGAUGGAGGGGUGGGAGAUGGUGGGAAUGAAGGAUUUGAGGGAAAUGGAGUUGAGUGUCUAAACAAUGGAGGAGGGGGGGCUCUCUGGGAAGUAAGGGGAUACCAGCAGUUGCAGAAUGACACUCAUGUGCCAUUCUCUUUGUUCGCUGAGAACGUAGUUUUGGCCACCGGUGCUUCUGAUUCACCGGUUCGAUUAGGUGCAGAGGGUGAGGACCUACCAUUUGUAUUCCACAGCAUCUCAGAUCUGGGGUUGGCUGUAAGCCGUAGAAAACUGGACAUGAACUCUGAUCCAGUUUUGAUCGUAGGUGCUGGUUUAAGUGCUGCAGAUGCAGUUCUGUGCGCUUCUAACAGCAACAUCAGAGUGCUGCAUGUCUUUCGUAAGAGCGUGGACGACCCAGAACUUAUCUUCAAACAGCUGCCCAAGACCCUGUACCCAGAGUACCACAAAGUGUACAACAUGAUGUGCUCUCAGACCUACACAAAUGUGGCUUCCUCCUCUGCUUUAAACAGACCCCAGGCAGUAAGUAUCGCCUCUUCAGUAUGUGCCAAGAUGUGCCCAAAGCCCCAACUUGCUGCAGGCAACAUGGCUGGUAAACCCAGUGUCAGCCUGUUUCCUGACUACACUAGUUUCCCCGAACACUGGGUGGUGUCCUUCCAGUCUGACAUGAAGUGUUUGUUGCAGGGGAACAACUCCCUCAAGGCCUUCAAGAUCUCCAUGGCCCUAGUGCUGAUUGGGACUAAUCCAAACUUGUUUUUUCUGAAGGGUCAGGGCCAGUACCUUGGUCAGGAUCCAACAAAACCCAUCUCCUGCACACAGAACCCCAUUGACAUCCACCCCUACACUUUUGAGUGUACCAAGGAGCCAGGUCUGUUUGCCAUGGGCCCGCUGGUGGGAGACAACUUUGUUCGCUUUUUGAAAGGUGGUGCUUUAGGCAUUGCCUCGUGUCUACUGAAGAGACUCAAGAAGAAAGGGAAGCUCAUCAGCAAUGGAGAGAAUAACUUUAUUUGAAAACAUAUGAUGAAGAGCCGUACACAUUGGUCGUAGGGCAGAUUUCAAGCGCUCCUACCAACUAAUGUAAAAGAUGAAGGGGAAAGGAGGAUGUUUUAAUCAUUUAGGCAGCGUUUUCUCAUCAAAGCUAAAGGCAUUUCAUACAAUUUUCUGAGACCAAAAAGACAAUGGAUGUACACUAAUUAGUUUCUGAAGAAACAAAACACAGCUUUCAAGAGUCUUGUCUGACUCCAAAAGAAGUCCCCAGAAGUCCAAGCUAUAUGUGCCAAUGUUUUCUAGUUAAUCUGUAACCUCACAACUGAAUGGGACCUUAUUUUCAUCAGGGUUAUUUAUUCGUUCACCAUAUGUCUUUCAAUGUAUUUACUACCAGUUAAAUUGGUGUCAUAUCACAUCAUACUUUAAGUUGUAUUUUAGUUUUUAUGCUCAAAACUAAAGGCAACUGCACUCUUUCUCAAUGCAAUUUAUAGCUAUGGUUAUGUAAGUUAGGGGCAAUUGCAAGAGCAAUUUGUGGUCCCGCAGUGGUGAGUGUUAGUAAUAGUGAACGCACACAAGAUUUAUCUCGGAAUGUGUAAACCAACAAGUUCAUUGCUAAACAAUCUUAAUCUACUGAUUAUUCUGAGCCUACCUUUUUAACUUCAGAGGAUUAUUUGUUUAGCUGCUAUUGUAGGUCCUGGAGCCAUAUACCUAAGAAAAGUUUUAUAAAUCUCAACGUUUGCUUUGGUUAUAGUGCGACUGAAAGGCUUCCUUGGAUCACAUGACUGGCAGACUAUGCUCUGAUAGGCAAGUCCUCGGUUUAAUUGCGAUCAGGCUUGAUGGCCUAUCCUGUCCUGGGUAGCCCGGAUGUGAAUCAUUUCAUCUUGAAUUUUUGGAUCUGAAUUUGAGCAACCUGAAUCUGUUGUUUUUACAUUUGGAAACUUGAAUUUUAAGAUCGUUAUUUGUGACCAUUG